UAAAAGAAAGAAAGGUUCUACAACCUGAUAAAAGCCAUGUCGAAACGAUUUUACUUGAAGCCCAUAUAUAAUGAUAAAUAACAUAGGCUACGUUAAAUACUCGAUUAUGGGAGGUUUCUUUGCAUGGUUGAUUGCAGUUCUUUCUUGCUGCCUUGUGACAAAAACAGAAGCCCAAUUUCAGAGAUUACCCGCAAGUCCAGACAAAGUGGUUCAAGACGCCACUAAUGAAACCGAUUCAAAGGAAUCUCUAAAGGGGGUUACAUUCAACGAAAGGCUACUGAAGCAAGUCCAGUUUGAAUUGAACGCGCAGUUAGCCAUUAACUCAGAUUUGAGGUCAAAGGUGGUGAGGCGUGGUGCAGUUUUGAAUAAUAUUAACCGAGGCUCAAUCAAAGCCAUGCAAAAGUUUUCUGCGACGAGGAAUGCUGUGAUGAAAGCCAGUCAGUUAUUGUCCCAAAAAAAAGUUAAGGUCGAUUAUAGUUGGCUCUUAAUGGAACGCUGCCGAAAUAUCCAGUACCGGAAUGACAAGGUACGGCGAAUUGCCGACAGACUGGCCAACAGAAGGGCGGAGGAAGUCCAUCCGAAAGCUAGGAAACAUUAUCUAUCAAAGUAUCUCAGACUUUUGGAGGUUCUCCAAGAGCAGGUAGUUCAAGAAACCCGUGCCGGUAUGGGGUUACCUAAAAGACAGUUGAGAAUCGGAUCGUCCGAAAGUCCAUAAGCCCAAAAUUACCCAAAAAUAAAAAACGAAAAUGUUUUGGAGACGUGUAAGGUUGGUACUUUGAAGAAGGGAACAUUUGGAUUGGCUUAACAAAAGUCAAGCAGAACGAAACACCCCGUUACAACUGCCCUUAUGUAACCAGGAAUUUGGGUAUAUAAAAAAGAGGCCACCUCAACUGAUUUGAAUACUUUGAUUACAGCUGUUUCAUCGAGAUGAGAGUUCUAUUGCUAUGUCCAGCAUUUCUAAUUCUGCUGGCUAACGGCGACUCUGUGCCCCAGAAUGUUUUAUCCAAGAGUGACUCGGUGCAAAGGGAUUCUUCGCUUGGUGACUCUCUCAUGAACUUUCAUAAAAGCGAUUCACUUCCGAACGUUACGCCCUGGGGGGAUUAUGUGGCACAGAGUGCUCCAUUUAAAAGUGAUCCUCCACUGAGCGAAACAUCAAAACAGGAUAAAAACGAUUCACUGCCGAGUGCUACACCCUUCGGUUAUUAUGUGACACAGAGUGCUCCACUGACUGAAACAUCUAAGAAGGACUUACUAGUAUUACAAAAUAAAGGCAACUUAGAAGGGGAUUCGGGCAAAAAUGGGACUUCACCCGGCCACUUUUCACCGUCAGUCAAGGCACUUCAACAAAGGCUGUUGGAGGAACAGGCCAAAACUCUGCUCUUUCGGAACCAGUCCGCGUAUUUAUUGAAGGAAAUACAAGCACGAAAGUCCCAGGUGCUCAAGGCUCAAGAGCUAAGCCUUGACAUGGUCGAUAAGAGGAAUCGUGUGAACCGCAAUCUGCUGGAGAUACAUGUCCAGCUCGAAAAUGUGCGAAAGCAGGUGAAGAAGUGCCAGGGAAAGCUCUCCGGCAAGGAGAUAUUUCGGCUGGCCGACAUCGAGGCCAGUAGGUUGCUGAAGGAGGAGCGGGAGCCCGUGGUUAACUAUAACAACCGGAACAGGUUCCUCAAACUCCUAAGGGAGCUGCGUCGGAAGAUCAAGAAGGAAAUUAAUCUAGUCUCGGAACUUGUUGCUGAUAGCACCACGACAGUGAGGCCUACUGACGGAAUCUUUCCAACCCUACCCUGGCCAUAA